CUCCCAUUGGUGGUCAUGCUGAUAAUGGGCGUGUCUGUUAGACUAUAUUAGGACCCGCGGUCAGCUGCAGGGGGCGUUGUCUGGGUUUGUAUCUGAUGCUCGAGGACGUAAAGAGAAAAAGACAUUUGAGGACAAAUACAUCACCUGUAAAGGAGGUCAUUAAGAAGAGGAUAUUAUGGAGCUCAUCAUCAAAGUCCUGAGUGGGGAAACAAAGACCGUGCAAGUGAAUCCAGGUGACACAAUUGGUGCACUCAAGCAAAAAGUCGCCCAAAUCUUUAAUGCAAGACCUUCACGGCUGAGGCUUUCUGUCACCAAUGGGUGUGUCGUGCAGCUGGACAAUGACCAGAGGACUGUGAGCCAUUAUGGUCUGAGUUCAGGGGUCACAGUGAUGCUGCUGAUCUCCAAUUCUCCCGUGCCGCUUCAGGUGUUUGUGAAGAAUGAGAAGGGACAGACGAAGACAUAUGACAUCACUGACGAUGAAACGGUUGAUCAGUUGAUGAAAAAGGUACGCCAGAAAGAAGGAGUACCAGAGGACCAGCAGCGGCUGAUAUACGGCGGUCAACAGCUCAACUCUGGCAGGAGGCUGCAGGAUUACGGCAUUGUUUCUGGAAGCACCAUUCAUAUGACCCUCCGUCUGCGUGGAGGCUGAUGGGACAGAAACACUUGAGGCUGAUGGGACUCAUUUUAGUCUAAAAAAUUACAUUUAAUGUGAUUCUUCUGUAAUGUCUGUUAAUUUCUAAUUGCACUCAAUUGAUUUUCCUUUUUUUUGUUUUUUGAGUCAUUUUCUGCAGUAUUCUUUCCUAUUCCAGUAUCCAAAACCUUCCAAUAUUCAUAAAAUUGUAUUACAUUUGCUUGCUUCAACAGUUGCAUUUUUGCUUUUAGAAUGAUUAAUUAACACAUAGUAGAAAUAAUUUAAGAAUAAUGUAAUAUAUGUGUGUGUGUGUGUGUGUGUGUGUGUGUGUGUGUGUGUGUGUGUGUGUGUGUGUAAUUGCUAUCUGGGUACACGUCAGCUGUUAAAAGAUUACAGUAAAAUGUGAUAAAAUAACUGAUUUUAAAUUGUUAAUACUUUGUUGUAAUACUAUAAAAGAUUAAAGUAACUGUGAUAGUUUAUUUUGUUAUGGGUCUUAUAAGUAAAUUCAAUUUAUUUAUAUUUAAAUACAAAUAUUUAUUAAAAUGGCUGAAUUUC